AUGGCGGCCACCCCAUCGCCGGAAGAGCUGGAAGCUAUGCUUCUCAAGGCCAUCCCGCGAUUUCGCUGGACUGCCGAGGAUGCUGUGAAGGGCCUUGACUUGAAAGGGAAGACCAUUAUCGUCACAGGUGCCACCUCGGGGAUUGGCAUUCCCACGGCCACCGCUCUGGCACGCACAGGCUGCAACCUCACCAUCACGGCGCGCGACCCGGCCAAAGGCGCUGCGGCUCUCGAGUCCAUCCAGAAGGAGUCUGGAAACCCGGAGGUCAAGGUGAGUGCACUCGACAUGUGCAGCUAUGAGUCCGUCAAGGCCUUUGCCAAGGAGUGGGGAGAGCGACCCAUUGAUGUGCUGCUGCACAACGCGGGCGUGAUGGCAAUUCCCUACACGAUGACGGCCGACAAGGAGGAGCAGCAGAUGCAGGUGAAUUUUCACUCCGUGGUUCUGCUCACGGAGCUUCUCCUUCCCCGACUUACCGACAGUGCCCGCGUUUGCGUCGUCUCCUCUGUUGCGCACCGGCGAUGUGCCACCCUUGAAACCCCAUUCAUGGAGCUGUUUGAGAAGUAUGCGUUUCAGGGCAUCGAGAAAGAGGGCUAUGACAAGUGGGUGGCCUAUUAUGUUGCCAAGAGCGCCAUCAUCAUGUACUGCAACCAUCUGAACGCCGAGCUCACCCAGAAAGGCUCGAAGAUUCGGGUGAACAGCUGUCACCCUGGUGGCAUUCGCACGGGGUUGCAAGACUCUCUGACGAAGGAAGAGAUGAUCUCUUAUGGCUGGAUGGAUAAGGAUGGCAACGUUUCCCCAGUCUUCAAGACUGUGGAGCAAGGCGCAUCGACCAGUACCUGGGUUUCUGUCUCCGCCGAGAUGGAGGGCAUUGGGGGCACCUACAGUGAGAACUGUGCCGUCACCGCCAAAGAUGAUUUCGGCACUGGCGACCUCCUGUCGCGUGUGAAGGGUACAGCACCCCAUGUUUGGGUGGAGUCUGAUUGCGCGAAGGUCAGUGAGUCGGCCCGUGCCCAUCUUAAAGAUAAGGGCCUGUUGUAG